AUGUCAGCCCACGACUAUCAUGUGGGCUGGAUAGCAGCACUGCCACUUGAGGGUGCUGCUGCAAUGGACAUGUUUGACGAAAUGCAUGAGCAUAUCUUGCAAGGGGCUCAGGACGACAACAAUUAUAUUUUGGGACGAAUCGGUGCGCAUAAUGUUGUAGUCACCAUACUACCCUAUAUGGGGGCCGUCCCUGCAGCCGUCGUUGCGGCGCAGAUGCGAAACAGUUUUCCAUCGCUUCGAUUUGUUCUCCUAGUAGGUAUUGGUGGCGGCGCCCCAACAGAAUCCCACGACAUCCGCCUUGGAGAUGUGGUCGUGAGUCGCCCGACUGGGUCAUAUGGCGGUGUGAUUCAAUAUGACUAUGGGAAAACUCUACACGAUGGUCGAUUCAAGAUUACGGGUUCGCUCAACCGCCCCUCUGCCACACUAUUGAAUGCAACCUCGAGUCUGGAAGCACGCCAUCGACGUCGAGGAGCAUCUCAAAUCAGCGCCAUUCUUGAAGAAGUAUCUCGGAAUGACAAGAAUCGUUAUAAAGUCUGCCACCCCCCACACAAUAGUUUCGAUCUACUGUUUGAGCCAUCAUAUGCUCAUACGCCCCCAACCGCUCGAACCUGCGACGAGUGUGACCAGUACCGUCUCGUACUCAACCGACCUUUUCGCACUACAUCCCAGCCCGUGAUUCACUAUGGUUUAAUCGCAUCGGCUAAUCAGGUCAUGCGAGAUGCAUUGACAAGAGACCGCCUCAGCGCAGAACUGGAUGUUCUCUGCUUCGAAAUGGAGGCUGCUGGUCUGAUGAACUAUUUUGAAUGCUUAGUUAUUCGAGGUAUUUGUGACUAUUCAGACUCCCACAAGAACAAAAACUGGCAGGAGUACGCAGCAGCCACCGCCGCUGCUUAUGCUAAAGAACUGUUGACAAUCAUCACACCAACUCCUUCGUUCCAAGCGAACAUGGUUCACAGGACCUCUGACCUUGGUAUGGCGGACGGUGUGCAAAUAAAUCCAGCGCUAAGUCAAUCGCAGCCGCCUCACCCACUUGCAGGUUCAGUCGCGGCUAUGUUCAAGAGCAGAGCUCUGGAUGCAACAUAUGCACCUGGACCCAGAGUCACCCAAGUCGCUGCACAGUCAGGUAAGGGCGUACGUUCAUGGGCCUAG